AUGCCUCCAGAGGUCAUAGUCGCCAUCGUUGGUGUGUUAGUCAACGUCCCCGCCUUCAUUCUCGUCUUUUGGCACUGUUUCUGCAGAAGAACACCGUCUAACUCUGCUCGAAACUCCGAAGAAGCCGUUCCUCUCCAGUCUCCUUCCUUGCACCCUCGACGUCUCACCUUCGACACACAAUACGCUGUGGCUUUCCCAUGCACGCUUCCUCUCAUCAACGUAUCGACUCCUCGCCUUUGA